GGCGGCGGUCCGGCGGUGGCGGCGGUCACAAUUCGGAAACAGUCCGAAGGAGCCGCGCGUGCCGGGAUUAACUUUCCAGUGACGAAACCGAAAGUGUCCGCGAGCCUUCCGCAGCCGCCACCGAUGACCGGUCCCUCCCUUUAAUUCGCAGCCCCCCGAGCUCCCGAGCUCAAUUAGGAGGAUAAACCACGCCGAGCAAGUGCUCGCAGGAAUUCGCGCGUUCGUCGCUUUUUAACGCGCCUUUGGGAGUUCCGAAUUUCCCAGUUCGUCUCACUUCGUCCGCGGCGAGUGGCUCGCAUGACAAACGACUCUUCCGACCUGUCCGUUAAGAUCAAAUGGAAAAGUAUGGAGGGAGUUAGCACAAAAUGGAUUACACUUUGCCUCCUGCAACUAGCAGGCUCUGUCCGUUCAAUAGAGAUGGAUUUUCAUCCAUGUGAUAGGAAUUGCGUGGCUGGCGCUCCUGCCAGAUGGUGUCAGUACGAUUUUCACGUACAGUGGUACGAAAGUAUGAGCAAGGCUUGCUACAACUGUCCGAAAAAUAUUACAGACUGUUCUCGCCCGGAGUGCAUACCGUUAGAUGGGGUUGAGAGACCAAUCGUCACAGUUAAUAAAAUAUUCCCGGGUCCUAUGGUCCAGGCGUGUGUAGGUGAUAUGGUGGAAAUUAUCGUGCAUAACCACUUGCCAGAGGAAACAACGAGUAUUCAUUGGCAUGGUCUUCACCAAAGGGAGUCCCCUUACAUGGACGGCGUCCCUUUCGUUACCCAGUGCCCCAUCCAGCCAAGAUCUCGAUUUAAGUACGUCUUCCUCGCCUCCACCCCUGGCACUCAUUUCUGGCACUCGCACAGUGGAUCUCAGAGAGGGGACGGCAUGUUCGGGGGUCUGAUCAUCCGACGUCCGAGGAGCGAGGACCCGCACAGGAGGCUCUACGACCACGACCUGCCCGAACACGUCAUGACCGUCAUGGACUGGCAUCACCAGAUGGGAACGGCCACUUUCCUCGAGCACCACCACAGCAACGGCACCAACAAACCCAACAACAUCCUCGUCAACGGCAAAGGACGCUACAAGGGUGAUAACGCUCACGAGGCUCUCAAGACGCCUCUAGCGAUUUUCAACGUGAAAAAAGGUGAAAAAUACAGAUUCCGAUUGAUAAAUGCAGGAUUCCUCAACUGCCCAAUCGAAAUGUCUAUUGAUAAUCACACAAUCACUGUCAUCAAUAGUGACGGCGGUGACAUCGAACCGGAAGAAGCAACCUCACUGGUCAGCUACGCAGGUGAGCGAUGGGAUUUCACCGUCCACCCUAGCGGUGAAGUGAAGAACUACUGGAUCCGGUACCGCGGCUUGAUGGAUUGCGAUCAAAGAUUCACGUCUGCAUACCAAGUUGCUAUCUUGCAUUAUGAAGGCGCACCCGAUCCCACCGUCGAGGAGCCGGAAGGACAGGUUGUUUACAGCAACAGCUUCAAUCCUGGGAUGAAAAUAAAUCCACUGAACGAGGGAUCAGAAGAUAAUGGAACGCUGAACAUCGCAGAGCUGAGGUCGAUGGAACCGCUAUCGGAGAAGGAUCCUUCACUCAAGGAUACCGCCGACUUUACUCAUUACUUAGCCUACGACUUUUACCGUAUAGACAAUCCUCACUACCACAAGAAAAACCUUUAUGGAUUCAACAGUGUGAUUGAAAAGAAACGUGUGCUGACACCGCAAAUCAAUCAUAUUUCCAUGAAGUUGCCGUCGUUUCCUCUCCUUCCUCAAAGAGAUGAAAUCAAGGCAGACACCUUUUGCGAACCUCAUAAAAUUCGAAACUGCUCAAGUGAAUACUGCGAGUGCACUCACCACAUUAAAGUUCCUUUUUCUAGCGUCGUCGAAUUAAUUUUAGUAGAUGAAGGUUUUGCGUAUGAUGCAAAUCACCCCUUCCAUUUGCAUGGCCAUCCGUUCAGGGUUGUGGCAAUGGAAAGAGUGGGCAAAAAUGUGACAGUCCCACAGAUUCAAGCAUUGGAUCGCGCUGGUUUGGUAAAGCGAAACCUUAAGACUGCUCCUUUGAAGGAUACUGUUACCGUUCCAGAUGGAGGUUACACAAUAAUUAGAUUUCACGCGACAAAUCCAGGUUACUGGCUAUUCCACUGUCACAUAGAGUUCCAUGUGGAAAUGGGCAUGGCAGUUGUCUUCAAAAUUGGCGAAGAUGCAGACAUGCCACCAGUGCCCCAUGGAUUCCCAAAGUGCGGGGAUUUUUUACCACCAUUCAAUGAGGAAAUGGCAAUGUAUGAUAUUUACAACCUAUCACAAAUAGCUAAGAGGCCUUCUACCUUACCAGAACAACUUCCGUCAGAAUCAACCGCGAGAGAGAACCCCACAAGUCAACCCUCAACAGCAGCAACAACAACCCAGUCAUCGAACUCUCAAUUACUGAAGAAAGGGACUUCAUCGAAUGUAUUGAGCAGUACAAUUACAGAGGAAUAUAAUGUAGACUUAUCACCUGAGACAACCACUACAGUGAAUCUUCCCUUGGAUCAAAAUAAACAAAACCGGUUCAUUAGCCGGAACAGGAAUGAAGAUAAUAGGGCAGAUGCAGAGGAUGUCAAAAUAAAUGAUAUUUCUAGUAUACUACAAUUAUUGCAAGGGAAUAUAAUAAAAACUGAAUAUAGGUACAACCAGCACGAGGCAGCACCAGAAGUGGAGGGGACAACUAUGUAUAAUUUACUCGAUGGAAGUGAUACUAAUCAGCUGAGCUUCACCAGCAAAUCACCCAAAGAAAAUGUAGUUCCUCCACGAAAGACCAGCUUAGAUGAACUGCAUUUCGCUUUUAUACCGAUAAGAAUUAGGAAUCCGAUCUCAAAUGCAAUUUCUGGAAGAAAAAAUGUUAGUGAUACUGAGAAUGAAAUCAGCCGAACGUUGCUGACAGCUGGGAAAAAUUAUCUCAAGUCUGAUCAGAUACGCAGUGCAAGUAGUACAAUAAAAAGUAAUGUUCAUUUGACAGUCAUAUCAUUUAUUUUAAUGAAAGCAACGAUGUCAAUUCAUUUAUGGAAUAUAUUUUAAUACAGAUAAACUACUUAUAAUGUAAAAAAUUGAAAAGAAAAUUUUUGGCUGUGAUCAAGAUAGGUAUAGCUUCAGAAAACAUUAUUUAUAAUUUAUGGCAUUAUGUGAAACUGAAAUUACCUGUCAAUAGACUUAAGGAAUGCCCUGAGAAGAUUAAACUCAAGGUUAAACCAAACA